UUCAGGGCGCCGGGACCAUGGCGCUGCGCGCCCGGGCGCUGUACGACUUCAGAUCGGAGAACCCGGGUGAGAUCUCGCUGCGGGAGCACGAGGUGCUGAGCCUGUGCAGCGAGCAGGACAUCGAGGGCUGGCUCGAGGGGGUCAACAGCCGCGGCGACCGCGGCCUCUUCCCGGCUUCGUAUGUGCAGGUGAUCCGUGUCCCCGAGCCCGGCCCGGCGGGUGACGGCGGCCCGGGCGCCCCGGCCCGCUACGCCAACGUGCCCCCCGGCGGCUUCGAUCCCCUGCCCGCCGCGCCGCCCGCCUCCUUCAAGCCGCCCGAUACCUUCCAACCGCUGCUGCAACCUCAGCAGGCGCCGCCGCCGAGCACCUUCCAGCCGCCGGGCGCCGGUUUCCCGUACGGCGGGGGCGCCCUGCAGCCGUCGCCGCAGCCGCUCUACGGCGGCUACCAGGCCAGCCAGGGCAGCGACGAUGACUGGGACGACGAGUGGGACGACAGCUCCACGGUGGCCGACGAGCCCGGCGCGCUGGGCAGCGGCGCGUACCCGGACCUUGACGGCUCGUCGUCGGCGGGUGGCGUCGCUGCCGGCCGCUACCGCCUGUCCACGCGCUCCGAACUGUCGCUGGGCUCCCGCGGCGGCUCGGCGCCCCCGCAGCACCACGCGUCGGGAGCCAAAAGCUCGGCCACCGUGAGCCGCAACCUCAACCGCUUCUCCACCUUCGUCAAGUCGGGCGGGGAGGCCUUCGUGCUCGGCGAGGCGUCGGGCUUCGUGAAGGACGGGGACAAGCUGUGCGUGGUGCUGGGGCCCUACGGCCCCGAGUGGCAGGAGAACCCCUACCCCUUCCAGUGCACCAUCGACGACCCCACCAAGCAGACCAAGUUCAAGGGCAUGAAGAGCUACAUCUCUUACAAGCUGGUGCCCACGCACACGCAGGUGCCAGUGCACCGGCGCUACAAGCACUUCGACUGGCUGUAUGCGCGCCUGGCCGAGAAGUUCCCGGUCAUCUCGGUGCCCCACCUGCCCGAGAAGCAGGCCACGGGCCGCUUCGAGGAGGACUUCAUCUCCAAACGCCGGAAGGGCCUGAUCUGGUGGAUGAACCACAUGGCCAGCCACCCGGUGCUGGCGCAGUGCGACGUCUUCCAGCACUUCCUGACGUGCCCCAGCAGCACCGACGAGAAGGCCUGGAAGCAGGGCAAGAGGAAGGCUGAGAAGGACGAGAUGGUGGGCGCCAACUUCUUCCUGACCCUGAGCACGCCCCCCGCCGCCGCCCUGGACCUGCAGGAGGUGGAGAGCAAGAUCGACGGCUUCAAGAGCUUCACCAAGAAGAUGGACGACAGCGCGCUGCAGCUCAACCACACGGCCAACGAGUUCGCGCGCAAGCAGGUGACGGGCUUCAAGAAGGAGUACCAGAAGGUGGGCCAGUCCUUCCGCGGCCUCAGCCAGGCCUUUGAGCUGGACCAGCAGGCCUUCUCGGCGGGCCUGAACCAGGCGAUCGCCUUCACCGGAGAUGCCUAUGACGCCAUCGGUGAGCUUUUUGCCGAGCAGCCCAGGCAGGACCUGGACCCCGUCAUGGACCUGUUAGCGCUGUAUCAGGGGCACCUGGCCAACUUCCCGGACAUCAUCCACGUUCAGAAAGGAGCUCUUACCAAAGUAAAGGAGAGUAGGCGACACGUGGAAGAAGGGAAGAUGGAGGUCCAAAAGGCUGAUGGCAUUCAAGAUCGCUGUAACACUAUUUCUUUUGCCACUUUGGCCGAAAUUCACCACUUCCAUCAAAUUCGAGUAAGAGACUUUAAAUCACAGAUGCAGCAUUUCUUACAACAGCAAAUAAUUUUUUUCCAAAAAGUGACCCAGAAGUUGGAAGAAGCUCUUCACAAAUAUGAUAGUGUUUAAUGACUGGACAUUGGAUUGUGGACUUUUUUCAGUUCAAGGGUAAUUUCUACAGCAGAAUAAAAAGUGCUAUCAAA